UAGUAACAUUUUUAUUUCGUUUUUAUGUAUAUAUUCCUAUGCUGUAAUAAUAAUUCGGCAGAUUUAUUUUUUUAUCACACUUAAUAUAUUUUAUUGAAAAAUGUGGCCUCAAUUACGCGAGUUUAGUACAUCUAGAGACAAAGUAUAAUAUUAUUAAAAAGAAUGAACGCUAUAACCAUAUUCGAAUUAUAAAAAUUGUAGAAAUUUUAUUAGGGAUGUUUAAUUAGUUCUCAAAAUAAGUAUAAGUCUGAGUCGUGGAAUAAGUUUUUAAUAUAGGUACAAGGAUUAUUCACAUUUCGAGUAUACUGAACAUGAUAUAUCAAUGAAAUAUAAAUAUAAUGUAGAAUGAAUUUCUUUUCUUUAUUAUACGUAUUUAAUAGUUGUUAUAUAAGUGCUUAUAAGGAAAUCAUAAUCAGAGUAUAUAUAGUAUAUACAUAGAAAUACAAUAUAAAUUGAACUUUUUUAUUUUACUUUAUUAACAUAAUUUAAUAUAUAUAUCUUCUAUCUAUACACAUAUAAAAAGUAGGAUUUUUAUUACACUAUGAAAGCUAUAUUUAAUCAAACAUAAUUUUAUAGUUUAUUGAAAUUUACCAUCCAACUACAGCGACGUGGUUUAGAAUAUAAAUGCAAUAAUUUUUAUAAGAGUUAAAGAAUUUAUUACUGAAAUACUUUUCGAUUGUAAAAAUAUUGCUUUAUAAUGUAGUAUUAUAAUUAUAAAUACAGUGUCUCUCAGAAUUCAACAUUCAUCGCCUACUCGAUUUAACUGAAUUUGUCACAUUUUUUAUAUAAGUUUACAAAUUCAAGGUAUAAUACUUUUACAAGAAAAACAUCCUAUAACGUUCUGUACAUUUACAAUAAUUGUUUCACAAUCACCCUCUUGGAAAGCCAAACAAUUUUCAAUGUGAAUGUGUUAGAAAAACUCAUUUUGUAUAGCAAUAAAAUUGUUUAAAAUUAUUUGCCGGCAAUAUGUCCAUUAGACUCUCGUCUUUUACAUCAUUUUGUGUUAGAAAAAUAGGAAGACAGGUAACAGUAUUUAUUUUAAGUAGUCACAUACAACAAAUGCAAAUAUAUCAAAGAAAAUAUUUUCAGUUUUUAAAUCGUACUUCUGUCACUGUUCAACAAACUCGACAUUUACAAGUUCAUGAACAUAUCGCAUAUACUUUAUUGAAAAAUAGUGGAAUUCCAACUCCACCUUUUGGAGUAGCCAAAACUCCAGACGAGGCUGCCAAGAUAGCAGCUGAUCUUAAGACAAAAGAUAUUGUUCUGAAAGCUCAAGUUCUUGCUGGUGGACGUGGAAUGGGGCACUUUAAAGAUACCAACGUCAGCGGUGUAGUUAUGUGUGAAACGCCUGAACAAGCAAAGACUUUGACUAAUAAUAUGAUAGGUAAAUUGUUAAUAACUAAACAAACUGGAGAAGCUGGUAGAAUUUGUAAUUCAGUAAUGGUAACAACACGUAUGUUCCCACGUAAAGAAUAUUAUAUGGCAGUAAUGUUGGAACAAUCUUUUGAUGGUCCUGUUGUAAUUGUAUCUAAACAGGGCGGUGUAAAUAUCGAAGACAUCGCUGCCACGAAUCCGGAAGCUAUAUCGUAUACACCAGUGAAUAUCAUGAAAGGUUUAUCACUUGAACAAAUAAAUCAAGUUGUGGAUAACUUAGGUAUAGAAGGAGAGGAGAGGAAGAUUACAUCGUUAAUUAUUUGUAAUCUCUACGAGUUGUUCAUCGAGAAAGAUGCAUUAUUACUUGAAAUUAAUCCAUUUGCAUUAGAUAUUUGCGGAGAAUAUUUUGCCUUAGAUUGUAAAUGUUCUUUUGACGACAGUUCAGAGUUCAGACAAAAGGAACUAUUUGCACUGCAAGAUUUCACACAACUAGAUCCUAACGAAGUCCAAGCAUCUAAGUUUAAUUUAAGCUAUAUAGCUUUAGAUGGAAAUAUAGGGUGUAUGGUAAAUGGUGCUGGAUUAGCGAUGGCUACUAUGGAUUUAAUAAAAUACAAUGGCGGUAUGCCAGCUAAUUUUUUAGAUGUGGGUGGUAGUGCCACUGAAGAAGCUGUGAUGGAAGCUUUUAAAAUAAUAAUUUCUGAUCCGAAGGUAGAAGCAAUUUUCGUAAAUAUAUUUGGUGGUAUUAUGAGGUGUGAUAUAAUCGCAAAAGGUAUUAUCAAUGCGUCCAAAGAGUUACAGUUGAAUAUUCCCGUAGUUGUAAGACUGCAGGGAACUAACGUAGAAGAAGCUCAUCGAUUGAUACGGGAAGCACAAUUGAAAGUUAUUUCCGUAGAUGAUUUUGCCCAAGCUGCUGAAUCGGUUGUAAAAUUAUCUUUAAUAAUAAAAGCUGCAAAUUCUAUGAACUUGGACAUUUCUUUCACAUCCAAAGAAACAUCGGCAGAAAAGUCUAAAGUCGGAAGCAAGAAGAAGUAAAAGUGAAAUAAAUUUUUAUAUUUUUAGACACAAUUUGAAAGAUAUAUUACAUACAUAUAUAUAAU